ACGAUACAACAACAAAUCGUUCAUCACUCAAACAGGGCAAUGCGGCGAACUCAUCGGAGACUUCAAUGGCCACACAACCAGGCGGCUCGGUCACAUCGCGUGCCGCAUCGGAGACACGCUCUGGACCGCCGGGAUCGAGCAGCGGCGCUGGCGCAACAGGUAAUAGCAGUGGAACUGCUGGUAGUACACACACCGGUGCAAAAUUCCGUCAUGGCCUAUUGCAGCUUAUGAUACACACAAUAGAUCCGCUACAUGAUGGCAAGGUGGACGAGAAGGCGACCCAACUGCAUGCGAUCGCCUCGCUCAAGGUACUGCUCGAUGCAACGAAACCGCAACGCGGCGGCGCCACCACAUCGGCUGCCAAUCAUGUCAAGAUCAAUUUGAAGGAGACCACAUUGGCCGAUCGACCCAAUGGCAACAUUGACACGACACUGGAUUCGCCAUCCAUCCAAAGUCAAAGUGGUCGUCGUCCGAGCUGGAUUGAUCAGAGGGUCAAAAUUCAGACACGCAAAUUUAGCAUCAAAGCCAAUGAAAUUGAAGAUGAGCCGGAACCACUGAGCAUGGCAUGGCCCGAUACUGCCCGCAAACGUCUCACCUACAUAAUGGUGGCACCACUGCUAAUACCCAUGUGGCUGACGUUGCCCGAUACGCGUACACCGCGCGGCAAGAAAUACUACCCGGUCACGUUCAUAGGCUCUAUACUAUGGAUUGCUGCCUUCUCAUAUCUGAUGGUGUGGUGGGCGAACGUAGCCGGCGAUACGGCACGCAUACCACCCGAGGUUAUGGGUUUGACCUUCCUUGCCGCUGGCACAUCAAUACCCGAUUUGAUAACGUCGGUGAUUGUGGCGCGUAAGGGAUUCGGUGAUAUGGCGGUUUCCAGUUCAGUUGGUAGCAAUAUUUUUGACGUCACUGUUGGUUUACCUAUACCAUGGCUAAUUUAUGGCAUCAUCUAUGAUGCACCUGUCGAGGUUAACUCUGUGGGCAUGGUCUGCUCCAUAACGAUACUCUUCAUGAUGUUACUCUUUGUCGUUAUGUCGAUUGCCUGCUUCCGUUGGAAAAUGAAUAGGGGACUUGGUUUUACAAUGUUUUUGUUGUAUUUCGUUUUUGUUGCUGUUUCGUUAAUGUUCGAAUAUGAUACACUCCAAUGUCCAGUGUAAAAUGUGACAAGUAAAUAUAAUGAAAAAUAUCACACACACACACACAAAAAAAUAAAUAAAAAAAGGAAUAAAAAAGAAAU